CCACGUGUACAUCUCAGCAGGCUGCGCGGUCAACGUUGAAAAGAAAACGAAAGCCACCCACGUGUGGUUCAUGAAUCUUCCUCUUUAUAAAACCUCCAUAGCCUUACUCUCUUCCCCUCGAUUCCAAUCUCCGAUAAAACUACAAAGAUCCGAUCAAUUUUUUUUUGAAAAAUCGAAUCUUGUCCAAAAGAGAACAAAGAACUUUCCCAAAAUGAAGGCGGAGCUAAAUUUACCGGCGGGAUUCCGAUUUCACCCGACGGACGAAGAGCUCGUUAAGUUUUAUCUCUGCCGGAGAUGCGCAUCAGAGCCGAUUAGCGUUCCGGUAAUCGCAGAGAUUGAUCUGUACAAGUUCAAUCCAUGGGAACUUCCAGAAAAGGCUUUGUACGGUGAGAAAGAAUGGUAUUUCUUCUCACACAGAGACCGGAAGUACCCAAACGGUUCGCGUCCAAAUCGGGCAGCUGGAACCGGUUAUUGGAAAGCGACUGGAGCUGAUAAACCGAUCGGUAAGCCGAAGACAUUAGGGAUUAAGAAAGCACUCGUCUUCUACGCCGGAAAAGCGCCGAAAGGGAUAAAAACGAAUUGGAUUAUGCACGAGUAUCGUCUCGCUAAUGUUGAUCGGUCUGCUUCUACGAACAAGAAGAACAAUUUGCGACUCGAUGAUUGGGUUUUAUGUCGGAUUUACAAUAAGAAGGGAACAAUGGAGAAGUAUUAUCCGGCAGAUGAGAAACCGACGGCGAUGACAACUACGUCGGACUCGAAAUGCUCAAGUCACGUGAUCUCACCGGACGUCACGUGCUCCGAUAACUGGGAGGUUCAGAGCGAGUCCAAAUGGGUUGAUCUCGAGGACGCGUUUGAUGCGUUUGACACGUCCAUGUUUGGUUCCAUCGAGUUUUCGCAAAAUGACGCUUUUGUCCCUCAGUUUCCGUAUCAGUCCGACUUCGCCACUUCCUUCGAGGACCCGCCGGAGCAAAAACCGUUCUUGAAUUGGAGUUUCGCUCCCCAAGGA